UUUUUUUGGUCUCUUUUCUUUCCUCAUUUUGACAGUUAGUCUGAGUCUAUCAUGGAAUAGGGACAUGGCUAGCCCCUGAGGAAACAAAUAUAAUAGAUAUAUCUCCGCUUUUCACUGAAUCUCGAUAGCGUGAGGAUUUGCAUAUUAGAUCUGCCGGAGAAACCAGUGUCUCUCCCCCAGGGUGGCCUUCCUUUCUUUUCUUUUCUUUUUGUUCAUUAUCGCCCCGGCGCACCUCCGCCCUAACCCUGGGGCACGAUAUCCUCGCCUGUCUUCUGAAGAAUGAUAGCAGCAGAAUCGGGAAUAUAUUAUUACCAGAGACUAAACGACAAUGAGUCUUGUUCAGAUACUGAAUGUGCUGGCCAGUCACGACGAUGAGAGUAACUCCCUUUCGCGGCGGCUAGCGUAUACCGACGCUGGCCCUACCAUGGAUAUCGAUCCUCUACCUUCAGCUCAGCACAAGGGCCUCAUCGCAGUUUCCGUCAUGGCAUUCCUUUCCUUUAUCGCCACCCUAAUCCUACUAUUGUUCAUCACUUACCGACUUGUCUUCUGGCGCUCAAAUUACGCACGGUAUAUCGGUUACAAUCAAUAUAUCGUUCUGAUCUAUAACCUGGUCUUGGCCGAUCUGCAACAAGCACUUGCGUUCUUGAUAUGUCUCAAAUGGAUUUCCGACAACAAAAUAGAAGCAUCGUCAGCUGCCUGCUUCCUCCAGGGUUUUUGGCUCCAAAUUGGGGACCCGUCUAGCGGUUUGUUCGUGCUGGCGAUUGCAGUCCAUACCUUCCUUCUGGUGGCCUUAGGCCACAAGCUGAGCCAUCGGGUCUUCGUUUCGGGCGUUGUUGGUCUGUGGCUUUUUGUAGCUAUCUUGGUUAUCAUUCCGCUUGCGUCGCACGGGCGAAAUGUCUUCAUCCCAUCGGGCGCAUGGUGCUGGAUCAGCGAAGAAUAUGAGCCAAUCCGUUUGUGGACUCAUUAUAUCUGGAUUUUCCUGGCUGAAUUCGGAACCGUCUGCCUUUACGCCAUCAUGUGGUUCCAGCUACGACGUCGGAUCAAGCAAUCUGCAAUUCUUGGAAGCAGCCAUACGGAAAGUCUUAGGCGUCUGCGCCGGGUUAUCGGAUACAUGGUUAUCUACCCGAUUGCGUACAUUGUGCUGUCCUUGCCUCUUGCUGCGGGGCGAAUGGCAACGGCUCAAGGCAAGACACCAAGUGUCGCUUACUUCUGUGUUGCCGGUGCCGUGAUCACAAGUUCGGGCCUGGUUGAUGUCCUAUUGUACACGCUGACCCGACGAAACCUGAUCCUGGAGUCCGAACCGAGUCGCGAUCGCAGUUACAACCGAUUUGCAAGCAGCAAAAACCGGAAGACUGACCAUCUCACGACCAUUACCGCCGCUGAAGGCAAGCACAAUCGGACGGAUAUCAGCGUUCUCCGUACCCACCGACACCGCGAAGAUGAUGAUGAAUUUGGUCACACAGUGCGCGAAGGAUCCACCGAUAACAUUGUACAGCCUACUGGCAUGGAAUUGGCCCCUCUAGGAAAGGUAUACCAGCAUACCACAAUCGAAAUCACCCACGAGCCUGCGUACCCGGAGGCUGAAGGGAGUGACCGGUCGAGCAAAGAUUCCAUUGGACACGGCAAGGGUCCUGAACAGGCCUCUCGGAUGUGGGGAAGAUAACCAAGCCCUUUGGCCUUGUACUUUUCACAUAUCCCUAAUGCCAUCGAGUUAAUGUCGAACGCCUUUUUUUUUUUAUCAAGUUUUUACGCUCUCUUCUCUUCUACAACAAUUUUCUUUGGAUAAUACGGUUAUUAGUGACGUCUGGCCCUUGGGCUUUCCGGAGGCUUUUUUUCCUUUCUAUAUACUCAUGACGCUUCUAUUGAUAUCCAUACCCUCGGCUCUUCUUUGAUCUUGAUUUCCAGGGUGAUUGGCCUAUCCCUGCCUUUCCUUGUGUGCAAUCUGCACUGUACAUAUAUACCAUUCCCUUCUAUAUUUCCCUUCUUCAUUUGUGUCUAUAUUGGGAGGAAGUGGCUUUGAUUGGCCAUUAUGAGCCUUCACAACAGUGUUCGUUGAAUCCGCAUGCUCGCCAAGGGCUUGUGGUCAAUAUCAGCGAAUAGAUUAGAUAUCAUGUUUACAUACAACCUAACAUAAUAUACAAACGCAUGAUGUUUUUAC